AUAUUUUUGUAAACAAAAUUAAAUUUUCUGCUCUGAUUUUCACCCUUCAUGCGCCCAUCAGCCUGCCAUCUUCAGUCCUCUUUUUCGGGGUCUCAUUCUUAUAAAUAUACCCCCUCUUUCUCUCUUCCUCUAUAAAAACGAACAACCCAAAAGGCCUUUUCAAGUAUUUGGUCUCUCUCCCUCUCUGAGUCUGAGUGUAAGCAUAAGAGGAAGCUAAAGAAUAACAUUUCUAUGAUGUCUACUAUUGUAAAUUCAACAAAUAUAUUUUGGCAAGAAUGUCCAAUUGGGAAGAUUGAAAGGCAGAAGCUACUUAAUCAAAAGGGCUGUGUUGUAUGGAUUACUGGUCUCAGUGGAUCAGGGAAAAGCACUCUGGCAUGUUCAGUUAACAGAGAACUGUAUUCUAGGGGGAAGUUGUCUUACAUCCUUGAUGGGGACAACCUUCGACAUGGACUAAACAAAGAUCUUAGUUUUAAAGCAGAAGAUCGGACGGAGAAUAUACGCAGGGUUGGAGAAGUAGCGAAGCUCUUUGCAGAUGCCGGUUUAAUCUGCAUUGCCAGUCUGAUAUCUCCUUAUAGAAAAGACCGGGAUGCUUGCCGUGCAAUGUUGUCAGAUCCAAACUUUAUUGAGGUUUAUAUGAACAUGCCUCUGGAACUGUGUGAAGCAAGAGAUGUUAAAGGCCUUUACAAACUUGCACGGGCUGGCAAGAUCAAAGGUUUUACUGGGAUAGAUGAUCCUUAUGAACCUCCAUUGAAUUGUGAGAUAGAGAUAAAAGAGGAGGAUGGAGUUUGCCCGACUCCAGGUGCCAUGGCAGGACAAGUAGUGACCUAUUUAGAGAGGAAAGGAUUUCUGCAAGAUCAGUGAUCAAGUCCCUGCAUUUUUUUUUAUAUCUUCAUGAAGAUGUUAUAUAACGGCAACAUCAAAAGUGUCUUUGCUUUACCCCCUGCAAACAAGAGGAGGUUAGUAUGUUCCAAGUGCAAACCAUGUCUAAUAGUGUCCAAUAUAGGGAUUUUUUUUUUCAAAUAAUUUAGGACUUACAAGCAAUAGGAUAUAGGGUUUGUGGAAUGUACGGGCUGAAUCUCUGAGACCCUUUUUUUUAGUCGUUUUGCCCUUUUUAUAUUUAAUUCCUUAUCAUCAGAAAUAAUAUCCAGGAAAUGCUUCAGUCUCAGAGUCUAUGAAUGUAUCAGUUCAUUUAUAAACCAAUUCAAGGUUCAAUACCGGUGUAAUAUUCAGUUCAAUGUCUGCCCAAACACUAUUAUGCAAUUAUGCAGAGGUUUUAGUUUCAUGAUCA